CGUUUACUUACAUGUUAUUGUCUGUAACAAUUGUUAUUUACUGAUUAGUGCGGGUAUGGCGCCGCUUCGAUGGCUUCUCUUCGGCACUUUGUGCUGUUUGGCCGCUUCAGCGAUUUCCACUCCUACCUUGCCUGCCCUGACGAAUGCCCUGAAGCUCAAGCUCCGCCUUGCUAACGGCGACCAUGUACAGCGCCCUUUUGGACGGAACCUCCUUGCGACCGCACCGCAAUGUGUUUGGAGCCCAAGCUCGGGUUGUGACUUGAACGAUGGCUACAUUACCGGACUCAGUGGUACACCUGCCAGCAACAGCCAGAAGCUUCUAGCUCGAUUUGCAGCUUCGGACCACAAGUGCAGCACAUACACCACCAAAGCUACCUGCAUGGCAAACCCGAACGACUUCUGCGGUUGGGAUUCCGCGUCUCAGGAGUGCUCUGUGGGCCCCAGUUUCCUCAAGAUCGGGUGGCUCCAAGACGUGGUCUACUGCUCCGGCUCCCGUGUCGGCGCCCUCAUGACCUGCCUCACGCUGUCCAACCAGACUGCUUGCGGCGCCAACAGCAACUGCGCCUGGUCGGAUUCGACGCAGCUGAGCUCCAACAGCUUCGGUUCGUCGUUCCUGGAGGCACUUGGAGGCUGGAGCGGCUACGCUGCCUCGUCGACUACCUACAUCUGCAGUGCGAAGUGGACAACCAACGCCACCGAUGUCGCAUACCUCGUAAACAAGAUGUUGGCAGCUGCAGCCAACGCGAGCUUGGACACGAGCUCUAAGAGCGCGGGUAACUUCCUUGGUCCGGUCUUCGGCGACCUCUUUGGCGGUUGCUCGGGCGUGACUCGUUACAGGGAUGCCCUGCUGACAUGCCCGGCCAAGACGAACAAGACCAGCUGCGAUGCAGCGCCGGCAUGCGGCUGGGACCCGGCGAUGACAAUUCCUGCUUGCGAUAUGUCAGAUAACUAUGCAAUGGAUCUGCUGCUGGAUCCAAAAGAUCCGUGGGUGAUUGCCUACAACAACGCCUCAUCCGCAUGCGCCGCCCAAACCACGAACACCACCUGCACCGGACUCGCAACCGUUACCGUUGAUACGACAAAGUACGACAGCUUUAGCAACCUCAGCCCGGAUUUCAGUUCCGCAGCCGGAAUGCUCUCCAUGUCAUCGCUCCUGAUGAGCUUGAUGGCUGGAUUGGUCUGCCUGUGGGCUCUGCUCCUCUGAGGGAUGAACAGCGCCUAGCAAGGGGCAUAUAGCACCCGGAAAAGGGCGCAUAUGUGUGAUCGGAACGAUGGAAGCUAUCAAUAUUUUGAACUAUUAAGAAAUAAGGCUUAGCCGUGAGUACCCCUCGCGUUUUUGUUCGCAUGUUUGAUUGUCGUAUCCAAGCCAUCGUCGUAUUUGGGUGUGAUUGUUUGGAGUUAGUACUCUUCCGCGGCGUUCAGUUCAUGCUUCCAUGCCAAAGCGCCCGGGGCGUUGGUCGUUGUUGAAGGCCCGGAGUUGGUUGCGUGCGACUUAUCAUAUAUUGUAUAGCGUUUGGUUGUUUGCAGUUGUUGCUGGUGUCGUGAGUGGUGACAACUCCCAUGCUAAGUAAUAAAAAGCAUCGGGUCGAAGGCUUCUCAUGCGGUUCAUGACUUUAGCAUGGGUACCAGGUGACAUGCAGAUGUUUGAGGUCCAGAUGCACAUUUCGAACAGCUUGUUUGAGCCGCGAGGUGGCACUAGCGCGUGUGUCCGAAUGGUCUGUGGUCUUCGCUUCAAAUUGUCGUACACAGUCCUGAAUUGAAAUUGUACAUGUGCCAUACAGUAUGCAAACGGGCACAGGCCGCAAUAGGUACACAUCCUGAAAGGGAAAGGGUACCAUGGGACGCAGGUACCCUGCACGAAUACAUCCCCAAACACAAAUCCUCUUGCCAUUGUAACCUGCCUAUGUACAGAAUAUCCGUUCUUACGCUGCACUGCCCGACCCACAUCCACAUGUGCCGCAUGUCACAGGACCUACCUGGCAUAUAU